UUUUGUUUUUUGUUUUGUUGUUUUACUGCUUAAAGUUUUGUCAUUUAAGUUGUAACAGAAAAAUUUUAAAUCAGUUUUAAUUUAACUGAUUUCACCAUCAGCUUUUAGUAUCUUGCUCAUUGUUUUGGACUCUGGGCUCUCAGAAAUAUAGUCAUGCACAACAUAUUAGGAUACAAUACCAGAAGCUUUAACAUGUAAAGCAGCAGGAGACACAAUAACAAACAAAACUCUAGCUUUUCUCUUUGGGUUUUUUUUUAUACAAGAUUAGAAAUUCUGUAUUUUUCACUAUUUUCUUAAAGCAAUUAUAAAGGAAAACUUCAGUGAAAAUGGAGCAGCAUCACCUUUGAUUUUCUACAACUUUAAGGUUUAAAGACACUCCUCUCUUGUUUGUGUGUGGGAAUAUGACCCAACAGGGUUGAACAAACUCAGAAAGGUCUAGGAAGUUUUUGUUUGUUUGUUUGGGGGAUUUUUUUACUCAUUUGCAAAAAUGCAAACUUCUCAUCUUCCCUGCAUCUGAGUCAAAUCAAGGAAGGCGAGAUGUUCUCAAACAUAUAUGAUGAACUCCGUGCACAUACGCACGGACAAUCGCACGGAAAAGCUUUUGUUUCACGUGCAUCACACCCCGCUUUCACGCAAUCGCUCUGCUGGUGAUCUGCAGCAGAGAUACGGAGGCAGAGGUCUGAUGGGGAAGAUUUGAUUUCUCAGGUCACAGCCUGUCGGGUUUCAGCCGCACCGCUCAGGGCGACGUUUGCCCGCUCCAAGGUGGGCGUGGGGGCAACAAUAAGUGUCCCCGCCUAUAUAUUUACAGUAGCUGCUGUCCUGCCAGCCUGCAGCGCGGCGGGGCUCUGUCUCCAGGUGUGCGCUGCGGGGGAUAGUGGCGUGUGUUCUUGACGCUUCCCCACUCUCUCCGGGUCGCUCAGGAGGACACACACGCCCCCGCUGGCGAGGAGAAUUAAGUGUUACGUGCGUGGACCGGCUUUCUAAUCUCUGAUCUCUUGGAUUAUACUGAUGGACGGGAUUUAACGUGUCCGUGUUUCCCCUUUAGAGCUAUUUUACGCACCACUUUGCGCGCUCGCGUUUGCGCCCUAAAAAUGGAUUAAUCCCCAGAUUAUUAUUAUUAUUAUUAUUAUUUGAGUGAGGGGUAAGGCAUUUGCCAUAUUUUUAUUUGCACUCUGCAGGUUUUUGUGGAUUACUACGGGAUUCUUAUGAUGCCGAAUAACGACGAUGAGCUUUUUGUCUCUGGAGCGAGUGGAAGCGCGUUGGAUUAGGAGCCAGAAACUCCCCAAAGCUCUUGGAGAAGAUCUACCCGUUUAUUCCUGGGACGCACUUUGAGUUUUUUUUUCUUUCUUUCUUUCUUUUUUUCCACCUUCACACACCGGGAUGGAGAACGAGCUGAGACCCAGGCUUUGCUUUCUGAUCAAAGGACAGCGCGGAUAUGGCUUCCACCUGCACGGAGAGAAGAAGAAAGGCGGACAGUUCAUCCGCACAGUGGAGCCUGGCUCCCCUGCUGACCUGGCCGGGCUCCGGCCGGGGGAUCGACUGGUGGAGGUGAACGGGGAGAACGUGGAAAAAGAAAGUCAUCAUCAGGUGGUGAACCGCAUCUGUGAGACGCCCCACCGCACCAGGCUGCUGGUAGUCGACAGAGAAACGGACGACUACCUGCGCAGCCAGGGCCUGGCCUGCACAGAGGACCAGGCCAUUGAAAUGGGGAACCUCUCCCCACGCCCGUCCCCCAACACCACGCCCUCAGCGUCACCCGUACCAAGAGAGGGUUCCCCGCUGUUUCUCAAAUCCAACCUUAGACACUUAUUCCAUUUUCCUGCUGUAGACUCGCCCCCUCAGGCAUCCUCUGAAAACAAAGAAACGAGAGCCUCGACGAUGACGAGCUCAGCGCCAGACACCGAGGUGGAGCCGAUCCCUGAGUCGACGGUGGAGCUCCUCCCUCGUCUGUGCCGCCUGGUGAAGGAGGAGAACGGCUACUGCUUCAACCUGCAGAACGAUAAGAAGAAAGGCGGCCAGUUCGUCCGCUCUGUGGACCCCAACUCACCAGCAGAGAGAGCUGGCCUCCGAACUGGAGACAGAUUAGUGGAGGUAAAUGGCGUAAACACCAAGGGUCUGCGGCACUCGGAGGUGGUGGCGCUCAUCAGAUCCAGAGGGGAUGAAGUCAGCCUUCUGGUGGUCGACCAGGAAACAGAUGAACUCUUCCGCAGACUGGGAAUUACCCCAACCAUCGCCCACACCAAAGAGGUCUACGUGGAUGAAAGACGGGCAGAAAGCACCCCGCCGACCCCGUCCCCGACCACUGAGCUCCCCGCGUCGGACGCGCCCGUCAUAAGCGUCACUCUGACAGACUCGGGCAUCGCAAACACGUCUCCGAAAUCCCGAGCCAACGGCAGCUCGGCGUCUCACUCCUCCAGGAGCUCCACCACCCAGUCAGAGAUCAGCAGCUCAGACAUGAGCUUCCAGGUUCCUGAAGAUGACGACAGCCGCAUUUCAGACCCCUUCAUGGAGAACGGCCUGCGCCUGAGUCCCACUGCUGCUGAGGCGAGACAAAAGGUCCUCGCCACCCGCAACAAGAAGAGAGCGCCCCCUAUGGACUGGAGCAGGAAGCAGGAGCUCUUCAGCAACUUUUGAACCGAGAAUUUUAUUAAUGAAUCUGCACUAUUUAUACCAAAAACAGACUCUUCCAUCUUCUACACGUGUGGACAGAAAUAUAAAUUAAAGGUAGUUACUGUUUAGUGUGAAAUUAGUCCAUAAUAUCAAAUAUUAUUCUCAAUGUGUACAGUUAACUCUAAAGGCAAACAUAUUUCCGUGCAUGCAAUGCGUUACAGAAAAAAAACAUUUGACUGUUCAGUGAGAUGCCGUGUUAAAGCUGGCAUGGGAAAGAAACUACAACUCAUCACUCAACUGCUUCUAAGCUUUAACACUCCAAUAAGCAUAUUUCCUGUUCAACAAAGAGCAGAUGCACAUGCAAAAACUGCUUUAGUGCACAAAAGUCUUGCAGGAUUAGGAGCUGAUCUUGUGAUGUGAACAACUUUACUGCAAGGACAUCAAACAGAAGAAACUUUUCCAAAGGAAUAUUCAAAUAAGUUGCAUCUGCACCACGGAAACUUUCUUAUAGGACCUGAUCUGUGUCGAGAAUUUUUCAGGUUUGCCGUUUUUCUCUAUAAUCUGUCAGCAGCUGAUUUUCUUUUUCUGUUACUGUGUAAGUCUGUUGUAAAGAUAUGUGAAGGACAUUCAUAACAAAAGCAGGAAGUAAGCAUGCAACAUUAUGCAAUGUUUGUCGUAUAACGGCUGUAUUAAUAGCAGAAAAUUUCCAGCAUCAGUUUAGAUGAAACUUUGUUGAAAUAUGUUGGUAAGAAGAACCUAUGAUUUAUGUCAAAUGCAACAUUUUCCUGUAAUAGAUGCUGUGUAACUUUAAAUGUGCACACAGAACGAAUAUUAUUCUAGUUUAUAAAGUAAAUAACGACUGAUUACAUUAAGUUAGUAUGUUUUGAAUGGUAAUACUGUUAAAUACUGUUAUUUAACAGUGUGAAUAAACUUUGGGAAUCUG